CGAUAGCAAUGCACCAAGGCUGUUCACCAUUACCAGCAUUGUUCCAUUAUCAUCAAGGAUCUACUUCUGCAGUAAUUGACAAUCUUUGAGCAGUCUAAUGCAGAAAUACCACUUCCCCAAUCAAACCCCGUGCGCUAGAUGGUCCUGCAUAUGUUUUACUUCCCAGGACACAGUAGUUUUGAUGAAGAACUGCUCACCGAGGCUCAUCCAAUUUCAUCCCAAUUCGUGCGACAUAUAAGAAGCAUCCACGGCAAGCAAGGCUCAUUUGUCUCAUUCUGCCUGUUCCACACGAUCUUCAACACGACGUUCUUCUCCCAGGGUGUUCCCUGCCCAUUGUACCAACCCGAUCUUUUUUUCAACAUCUGCGGAUGCCCGUUGACAAUGUCGACCGACACGGUUUCGAAUCAAGUUCCUGUGAACGGCACCAUCCAGGUGAAAGUGCCACCGGGCAACCAGACUGGCCAGUACUAUAUCCUGAUCUCCAAUGUACAUUACCAGCUGUGAUGAUGCUCGACCCAAAAUCCGUGAAAUUAUUAGGCUAAUACGCGUAAUUUCCUCUCAGCUGCCAUGGAACACGUCUUGGCAGCAGUUGAAAGACCAUGUCCGAACUGUCUGCUCCGUUGAGAGGGUUGAGGUAUUCAACGAUAGUACCUCUGGGUGGGUCAUGGUUCGAGGGCACGACAGUUACAAUGCGGCAUUGCAGCUGCUCAGCGGUGGGCUAUUCAAUGGACGACCAACGUUUGCAGACGGCAGAAAUGCCACACAGUCCAUCAUGAUCAAGGAGCUCGUGGUCCCUUCGACCAUGGCUGUGCCGUCACCGCGAUCAUCUCGCACACCGAUAGCGCAUGCGCCGCCUUCAGCGCAGUACUCUAGUGCAUAUAGUCCUCCGACAUCACCACCUGCUACAUAUACUGCAGAUUACGGUCAGUGGACUUCUGCCGCACCAACGGCGGCGGCAUAUGUGACCAGCCCCACGACCGACUACUCGCCACACAUGGCUACGCCGUACGACUAUGGAGAAGCACCUGGCUGGUAUCCGUACGAUGGUACCUCGUAUGUAGACCAAUCUUCGGUUAUACCAGCCACAGUACAGUACCCAUACGACGCUUACCAGCAGGCGCCACAGUACGAUCAUCUGAACGGGUACGGUGGGACUGAGUACGGCUCAUCCGGAAAUGCACCAGUUCGGGAGUCGCGACAUGCCAAAUCCCCCAUAAUCAAUAACAGUUCAGCUGGUUUUGUGAAAACGGAGAGACGAAAGAUCAUCAUCAAGGGACUGACGAGCUGGACCUCGCUUGACCAAAUCAAGGAGCUCCUUCGCACCAAAGCUGGUUCUGAUGCAGAUAAGAACCCCCAUAUCAACUUGCCUGUUUCCGAAGAAGGAGGCAUCCGGGGAUACGCGACAAUUACGUUCCGGAGCGAGGAGGUGGCCAGCAAAAUCGUCAAAAGGCUCAAUAAGGCCACUUUCAACGGCCGGGAGAUCAAGGUCGAGCUCACCAAGGAAGGCGUCUCGAGAAAUGAAGAGCACCAUGCAAAGAGCAGCCAUCACCAGAGUAGUCAUCACCACAGCAGUAGGCAUCACCGCGAAGACAGGGAGAGAUCUGGCCGCGAAGACAGGGAGAGGUCUGGGAAGAAGGAAAACUCCAAGGCUUCGACACCGUGCCCUGUUGAGAAGAAGGACAAGUCUCAGAGCAAGCGAGGUGUCGUCAUAGCUAAUGGAUCCUCGAAGAACCCAAAGGCAAGCGAUUGGAGCAAGAAAUCUGGCUAACUGCCCUCUUGGCCCGUGAACUUGGGAGAUGACCAAAGAGGGGCAAUGGAAUUGUCGGGGCUGAGAUCACAGAACAGAUCUGAUUGGAA